AUGGAUCAUAGAGUUGUCAUCGUUGGAAUAUAUGUUCUAGCUUCCCUUCUACUCUGCAGUGAGGCACCGUCAGUUAAAAUGACAAAUGUCGUCUGCAAGUCGUACAACAAAUCCUGGGUCGUUAUCCACUAUUGUCGACUGAAGGCCUAUUCCCGUAUCAAGACCAGCUUGAAUAUAAAUGCCACAUUUCUAGAGCCAGCCAAUAAUAUACAUCUCCAUCUAAAAAUGAUGAAAAAGGCCAGCGGCUAUAAGCCAUUCCUCUUCGAUUACACUUUCGAUGCCUGUGAGUUUAUGCGUAAGCGAAACCAACCCUUCGUCAAGCUUAUCUGGAAUCUGAUCAAGGAUGUGUCCACGGUGAACCACACCUGUCCCUAUGUGGGCCUGCAAAUGGUUCACGAUUUCCAUCAUAUUCAGUUUCCACUUAAUAUGCCUUCCGGCGACUACUUGCUAUUAUUCGAUUGGAUAUUCGAUGGCAAGCCGCAGUUUGCUACCAAUGUUUAUUUUAAUUUUGUGGAAGAUUCUUAA